AUGAAGUGGGCCGUCGUCCUCCUUGCCAUGGUGGCACUGUCCGAGUGCCAGCACAAGGUCCCUCUGAUCAAGGGCAAGACUGUCAGGGAGACUAUGGAGGAGAAAGGCCUGUGGGAGGACUUCAGGCAAAAAUACCCCUACAACCCCAUGGCCAAGUUUGAUUCCAGCUUUGCUGCUGCCGACGAGCCCAUGACCAAUGAUGCCGAUCUGUCCUACUACGGCGUCAUUUCCAUCGGCACUCCUCCCCAGUCUUUCAAAGUCAUCUUUGACACUGGGUCCUCCAAUCUGUGGGUACCUUCUGUCUACUGCUCCAGCCAGGCGUGCCAGAACCACCAGAAGUUCGACCCUAGACAGUCCUCCACCUUCAAGUGGGCAGGGAAAAGCCUCUCCAUCCAGUACGGAACUGGCAGCAUGACCGGCUCCCUGGCAUACGACACCGUUCGGGUUGCUAGUAUCGUUGACACCAACCAGAUGUUUGGGUUGAGCCAGACUGAGGCCCCUUUCAUGGCCCAUAUGGUUGCUGAUGGCAUUCUGGGUCUGGCUUUUGCCAGCAUCUCUAGCUCUGGUGCCACCCCCGUCUUUGACAACAUGAUAGCAGAGGGUCUGUUGUCUCAAGAUUUGUUCUCAGUCUACCUGACCAGCAAUUCCCAGAGUGGCAGUAUGCUGACCUUGGGUGGAAUUGACUCCUCUUAUUACACUGGGCAGAUUGCCUGGAUUCCCCUGUCCUCUGAGACCUACUGGCAAAUCACCAUGGAGAGUGUUACCAUCAAUGGAAACGUCAUUGCUUGCAAUGGCGGUUGCCAGGCUAUCGUGGACACUGGUACUUCCCUUCUCGUUGGCCCAGCUGCAGAUAUUAACAACAUGAAUCAGUGGGUCGGAGCCACAGUAAAUAAUGGAGAUGCUGUGGUCAACUGUAACAACAUCCAGAGCAUGCCAGACAUCAGCUUCAACAUUAAUGGAUACUCCUUCACCAUUCCAGCCUCUACCUACGUCCGUCAGUCUACAUAUUAUGGCUGCCGCACUGGUUUUAGUGGCAGCGACUCCAAUCUGUGGAUCCUGGGUGACGUCUUCAUCAGAGAGUACUAUUCUAUCUUUGACAGAUCCAAUCGCAUGGUGGGUCUGGCCAAGUCUGCCUAA